UCCAAUUAUACCCUCACAUUUCCCUCGAAUUCUCAUUUCUCUACCUCCUCAAACAUGUCUGCACUCACCAAGCUUCGUUCUCCGGUUAAACCAACGGUUGAGCCACGGGCAAUCCUCUGUUCCACCGGGAACAGAUUCAAAGCUUCGAAAACAGAGAUCGCGAAGAAGAAGCCACAGGUGACGAAAUCUCCGGCGACUAAGAAGCCGGUCUCCUCCGCGACGAGCAACUUCUCAGCCUCAACUGAUGACUCAUCUUCGACAACAUCCUCCUCGGAGCUUUCGUCGGUGAAAACGGCAAACUCCGGGAAAACGAUAACUCCGUCGAAAAGGAACGGAUCAGUCAGGAGUGUCGUCGCCGUUGGAGACAUUCCUCCUGAGAGUCCGGGACCGGUCAAGAGAUGCCACUGGAUCACACCUAACUCAGACUCGAUCUACGUGAAGUUUCAUGACGAGGAGUGGGGUGUUCCAGUUCGUGACGACAAUAAACUCUUUGAGCUGCUUGUGUUCUCGCAAGCUUUGGCUGAGUUUAGCUGGCCUUCCAUUCUUCACAAACGAGAAGCCUUUAGGAAGCUCUUUGAAGAUUUCGAUCCUUUAGCUAUAUCAGAAUUCACUGAGAAGAAGUUGAUGUCUCUUAAAGUAAACGGAUGUCUUGUUCUAUCCGAACAGAAACUGCGAGCCAUUGUUGAUAACGCAAAAUCAGUUCUCAAGGUCAAGCAAGAGUUUGGAUCAUUCAGCAACUACUGUUGGAGAUUUGUGAACCACAAACCACUAAGAAACGGAUACCGCUAUGGCCGUCAAGUACCCGUUAAGUCGCCAAAGGCGGAGUACAUAAGCAAAGACAUGAUGCAGAGAGGGUUCCGCUGCGUUGGUCCUACAGUUAUUUAUUCCUUCUUGCAGGUCUCUGGCAUUGUGAAUGAUCAUCUCACGUCUUGCUUCAGAUACCAAGAAUGUAAUGCUGAGACUGAGAAAGAACCCAAAACCGAACUGGAUCUCCUUUCCAUGUGACUUGUUUGAUCUGCAACAUGAACCACUGGAGUAUUAAGAAGAUGGAUGAUGAUGACCAGAGUUUGUUUUUAAUUCAUUAUGAAAUUGUAGCAUUUGUAGCUAAUUGUGUUUUUUUUUCUUCUUCUAGCUAGCUUUGUCUAACUAGAUAUUUGAUAUGAUGUGUUAGUUUUUUGACAAAAAAAGAUAUUGGAUUGCAAGGAAAUAAAGAAUUUU